AUGAUUGUACGUAGUGGUGAUGUUUUGGUGAUGGUCAUCGUGGCAGUGAUGGAAACUGUGAGAGCAAGGAAUGUGUUGGUGAAAGUCUGCAGCAUUGACGACUGUGUGGUGCAGACAGUGUUGCCAACUUGUGUCGAGCUUGUCCUGAAGGAGAGUGACGACUUAUUUUUCUUCGGGUUGACCAUCCAGAACUCUGAGCUCGCCACCCCGUCACCCAGGAGUGUGAGAGUCACGCAGGUGAUGCACGGCCAGCCAUCACUCCCCACACUGUCAUUUGAUAGACAUGACAGUCAGGUCCAGGCGCCGCGGUUCAUCGGAGCACAGGAGGCCACGGAGAGCAUCGUGAGCGAGGACCACACCAAGAUCCUGCAGUGCCAGGCGUUUGGAUACCCUCAGCCAGAAUACCGGUGGCUGCGGGACUGGGAGCCGCUUGGGGACUUCACCAGCGAACACUUCUUGAAGAUUUCCUCCGUGACUCGGGAUGACGCGGGCGACUAUCGUUGUGUGGCGCGGAACUCUGCAGGGGCGAUAUUCACUCCCAAGACCUCCUUUGCUGUGGCAUACAUGAGUGGUUAUAACAGCACCGAGGACACCACGGUGACGGUGCGGGUGGGGCAGGCGGCGGUACUCUCCCUGCCGCCCCUCGACUCGUAUCCCCCUCCCUCUGUCACGUGGAUGGCGGAUGAUGGCACUUUCCUGCACGGCAUCAAGUACGCCACCGCGGAGCCCAACAGUCGCUUCGUCAUCCUCUCCACCGAGGCGUCCGACAUGAAGACGUACAGUGCUCGUAUCACAAACACCCAACUUGGCAUAGAAGAAGUGAGUGGAGGAUUUACUCUGGUGGUGGAGGGAGAGGAGGCAGGGGAAGAGGUGGCUCCAACCAUUAUUGUGCCUCCCACCAACACAACCAUCAUCAAAGACUCUAGCAUUGCCCAGCUCCAGUGUAUUGCUAAUGCAAGGCCAAUGUAUCAGCUACAAACCCUCUGGUUCAAGGAUGAUGUUCCCAUAGAGCAUUCAGGCAUCACCUUUUCCUUCAAUGGCCUGUGGAACCGCACCCUGAGUCUCCUCCAUGCAGAUCUGCACUACGCUGGGCUGUACCGGUGCCAGGUCCGCCUCCUCACCAGCAUUGACGAGCCGCUGCAGGCUGAGGCACACGUCACCAUUCACGAACGUCCAAGACUUACAAAACCGCUUCCUGUGGAGACCUAUGCUGAUCUAGGGAAAACCCUAACCAUUGCUUGCUCAGUGGCUGGAACACCACUUCCUUAUAUGAGUUGGUUCAGAGAUGCAGCCAAUGUCAACACCCUGCAUGAUAACAGGUACAGAGUUCUGCUGAAUGGAUCCCUUGCCAUAUCAGGAGUUCAGGUCAAUGACACAGGAAUGUAUCAAUGCUUGGCUUCCAGUGAUGCUGGAGAAACAUCAGCUUACACUUGGCUUAAAGUUAAAACGAGACGGGAGGCCCCUGCUAAACGUGUACACAGGUCCCUCAGAGAUAGGACCAAUGAUCAGUCUACCUCAGCUCCUCAAAUGAAGGUAGCACCUGAGAACAUGACAGUGCUUGAUGGACAGGAUGCCACCAUCCGCUGCCAGGCAGGGGGAGCACCACAGCCCAAUAUAACCUGGAUUUUCAAUGAUAGCUUAGAACUAGUGGAAAAUGGCCAUUAUCAGAUUCUUGAUGAUGGAGAUCUCCUGAUAACCAGCGUUGACUCUCGAGAUGAAGGGAAGUACACCUGUCUACGUGCCAAUGAAGCUGGAAGUAUAUCACAAGAUGCUUGGCUCUCCAUUCUGGUGAAAACUCAAAUAUCACAACCACCUGUGGAUACCAGAGUAAUACUGGGUCGAGUGGCCACACUGCAGUGCAAGGUGUCCCAUGCACCCUCUGUCACUGUGCAUGUCCAAUGGUCUCAUGGAAAUAACAUCAUUCAGUCAGAAGGAAACCCUCGCAUCAGUGUUCGCAGUGAUGGAACACUGGAAAUACAAGAAGUGAGAGCAGCUGAUGUAGGACUGUACACUUGUGUGGUUACAUCAUCUGGAGGUAAUGAAACUCGCUCUGCACAAUUAGAGGUGAUAGAACUGCCAUAUGCUCCAUCCAGUGUCAAGGCGGUACGCGCUCCCUUGAUACCAAAGUCUGUUCGGGUCACAUGGACUCCAACCUUUGAUGGCAACAGUCCUAUUGAAAAAUUUAUCAUACAGAAGAGGGAAGUCCCCACUGAAGCUGCUGUCCAGGAUUUGGGGCUAAAAUGGGUAACUGUACUGACAAAUGUGAGUGCAGCAGCGACUGAUGCAGUGAUUGGUGACUUGAGGCCGUCCACAGGCUAUCAGUUCAGAGUGUCAGCAGUCAAUAAUGUUGGGGAAGGCUCUUCUUCUCAGCCCUCAAAUAUUGUGAUUCUGCCACAGGAAGCUCCCUCUGGACCACCACAGGGACUAGUGGGGUCCCCAAGGUCAUCCACUGAGAUCAUGAUUCAGUGGGAGGCACCCCUGGAGGAGGAGAGGAAUGGCAUAGUGCUGGGGUAUAUGGUGCGCUACAGGCUGCAUGGCUACAAGGACUCCCAGUGGUACUACCGCAAUAUUACCAAGGAGAAUCAGUACAAUUAUCUCAUUGGUGGUCUGAUAAUCUGGAAGAACUAUGAGAUCCAAGUGGCAGCGUACAACGUCAAAGGUGUUGGUGUUUACUCCCGUAGUAUCCAGAUCAAAACUAAAGAGGGAGUACCAACAGCUCCGCCAAAGGGGGUUGAAGCUGAAGCUGUCAGUUCAACCUCCAUAAAGGUGUCCUGGAAGCCACCAGAUCCUCAGAUGAUUAAUGGCAUUAAUCAGGGAUAUAAACUUCAGGCCUGGCGAGGCUUACCAAAUGACUCCACCAAGCCAGAGAAAACCUUAACAGUUCCUCCAAGUCCUUACACAGAUGCUAAUGAGUCAUCUGUACUUGAGAAAUUAGAUAAGUACACUGAUUAUUAUAUCACUGUGCUGUGCUACACUCAUCCAGGCGAUGGCAUCAGGUCAAAGCCCAUCAAGAUACAGACACUUGAAGAUGUUCCAGAUCAAGUUGUCAAUCUGAAGUUUGAGGACAUCAGUGACCGGUCAGUGCGUGUGCUCUGGGAUGAACCUGACCAGAGCAAUGGUAUCCUCAAGGGCUACACCCUUACUUACAUGGUGAAGGACUCUCCUCACACAAAAAUUGUAAAGAACUUGACAGCUGAUGUCUCAACAUACAUAGUUACUGAACUCUCAGCUACAACCUACUACACCUUCGAAGUGUAUGGUUGGACUGCUGUUGGGCCAGGUGUCCCCAGUGUGGCCACCUUACAGUCAGGUGUGGAACCAGUGCUGCCUGAACCUCCCACCCGCCUGGCUGUCUCAAACAUCCAGGCGUUCUCUGUCCUGCUGCAAUUCACUCCAGGCUUUGAUGGAAAUGCUUCCAUCACAAAAUGGACUGUCCAGGCUCAGUCUUCUCGCAGCAGCACUUGGGAGACAAUCUAUGAGGUGUCCGCCCCUGAUGCUACAACAGUCACUGUCCAGAAUCUUAUCCCUUAUUCAAACUAUCAGCUUCGUAUCAUAGCAAACAAUAUAGUUGGUCCUUCAUCUCCCUCCGAACCCUCUCCAGACUUCCAGACUCUCCAGGCUCAGCCGGCUCAUCCACCGUCAAACAUGACAGUGCGAGCCAUGUCUUCCUCUCUCCUUCGAGUUCGCUGGAUACCCCUGCAACAGUUUGAGUGGUACGGAGCCCCUCAGGGAUACCACAUUAAGUACCGGCCCGUGGGAUGUGAGUGCAGCUUUUCAGAGGCAUUUGUGUAUGAUAUCACUGCCAACUCUCACCAGUUGGUGGAUUUGCAGGAAUACACUCAGUACGAAGUUACAAUGGUUGCUCUUAAUGACAUUGGUGAAUCAUCCCCUGCCCCCAUGGCUGUAGAAAGAACAAGAGAGUCUGUUCCAAGUGCUGGGCCGGAUGGUGUCAGUGCCAAUGCCACAUCAUCAACUACCAUUGUUGUUCGCUGGAAAGAAGUGCCAAGCAUUCACCAAAAUGGGAUCAUAGAAGGCUACAAAAUUGUGUAUGUUGGUAAGAAUGCAAAACCACAGGAGAAGGUAAUACCCAACAACAAUACUUUUUCUGCAACAAUUACUCAGCUAAGGAAAUAUUAUCAAUACACCAUACAAGUGCUGGCCUACACAAGACUCGGAGAUGGGGCGCUCUCCUCUCCACCGUUGCUGCUGCAGACGCAUGAAGAUGUUCCUGGCCCUCCAUCAGCAAUAUCUUUUCCUGAUGUGUCCUUCACCUAUGCACGUAUUAUUUGGGAUGUUCCUGAAGAACCCAAUGGAGAAAUAACUGCAUACUCCAUAGUGUACCACCUUGCUGACAGCACAGAUGUUAACAACACCCACGAGUUUCCUCCGACAGAACGCACAUUUAAAGCUGUAGAAUUGAAACCUGAGAGCAACUACAUGUUCUUGGUCAGUGCCCGCACACGGCUGGGCUAUGGACAGUCAGUGCAAGCCCCGGUAUACACCACCAACAACAGGGAGCUUCCAGCACCUCCUUCCCGACCCUCCAUCUCACACUCACAGAUAACCUCCACUUCAAUUACCUUUUCCUGGAACCCUGGAAGAGAUGGAUUUGCCCCUAUAAGAUACUAUACAGUGCAGUAUACUGAGGGUAAAAAUGGAUGGCAGACCAUUCAGGAAAAGAUAAAUUACUCAGGGAACAGUUAUUUAGCAAGGAAUCUCAAGCCUUUCACAUCAUACAAAUUCCGACUCCAGGCUACAAAUGACAUUGGAGCAAGCGGUUGGAGUGAGAGCAGUGAGGACGUCCGAACGUUACCUGCUGCUCCCAUUGAACCUCCUACUGACAUAAAAGUUAUUCCCAUCACAACAAAAAGUGUCCGAGUGGAAUGGACACCUCUUUUCCCAGACUCAUGGAGUGGGGAUGCCCAAACAGGAGGCUACAGAAUAAAGUACCGCCAGAUGGCAGACAUCCCGACUGCCUUUAGUUUACAGCAAAAAGAGCUAAGAGAUACCUUAUCUAGAGAUAUUGUACUGGAGGAUCUUCAGGUGGAUAAAAACUAUGAGGUGUUGGUGGUGGCUUUUAAUGCCCAGGGAGAGUCACCCCCUUCUGCUCCUAUAACAGUGUAUGUGGGAGAAGCUGUACCCACUGGCAACCCCAAGAACAUUGUAGCUGAGGCACUUUCUUCCACUGAAAUAAAACUCUCAUGGGAGUCCCCAGAAGAAGAAGACAAAAAUGGUGAAUUACUUGGAUACAAAAUAUUCUAUAGAAGUGACAAAGACCCAGAAGGAUCUGAUGAGAUAGAAGUUGUUGGAGCUGCAACCACCAGUUAUGAACUCCCUUACCUCGACAUGUACACAAAAUAUGUCAUCACCAUGUUGUGCUUCAACCCUGCCGGUGAUGGGCCCAAAUCACAGCCAGUGUAUGUACGGACCCGUGAGGAUCUUCCCGGGCCAGUUGCCAAGCUGAAAUUUUCAGAUAUCACUAUGAACAGCCUCAAAGUGAUAUGGAAUGAGCCACCAAGACCCAAUGGAGUAAUACAGGGAUAUCUAGUCACCUAUGAAACAGCCCAGCCUGAUGAAAAUUUCAGCAAGCAGGUGAAGCAAAAGGUGACAACACCAUAUUUACUUGUAACAUCUCUGGAGGAAGAAGUAACUUACAAAUUCAGCGUUCGAGCCCAAACUAUUGGUUAUGGUCCAGAGGUGAAGGCCAAUGUAACCACUGGGCCUCAAGAGGGCUCACCUGCACGCCCUAAGGACCUGAGCCUCACCAAGACAGUGUCCAGUGUCACCCUUCAUUGGCGUAAUAGCCACUCAGGAAAAGGACCAAUUUUAGGUUAUUACAUUGAAGAAAGAAAAAUUGCCAGCUUUGAAUGGCAGAUGUAUUCUGACAAAUGGUCAGUACUAAUGAAGACUGAAACAGGAGAAGUAGAAGAGUACACUGUCUCCUACCAGAACCUCCUGCCUUCCACUCAGUAUGAGUUUCGUCUCAUUACCUACAAUGAAUAUGGUAUAUCAUACCCAGCAGUUGCUAAUGAAAAGAUUGUGACUCCUUCAAAACGCUUUCUGGAGUACGGCUAUUUGCAGCAGCGGCCAUUCUAUCAUCAGACGUGGUUCAUGGUCACACUGGCUGCUGUGUCAAUUGUCCUCAUCAUUAUUGUCAUUGCAGCACUGUGUGUCAAAAGCAAAACCUACAAAUACAAACGUAUUGUAGAGGAUUUGUUGUCAGCACAAGAAGCUGCUAACAAGACAAUGGAGGAAUCCCUCAACACAGAUGAGACAGCCUUCUCAACAUUUGAAAUGAGACAGUCUCGGCGAGGCACCAUGAGUAAGAGAAGUACCUUAGGCAGGAGGUCAGUGGUGGGGGCCACGGCUGUCGUGAAUGCCAAGUCCCCUCCAAGACCAGCUCCUGCUUCUGUCACUUACUCAGAUGAUGAUACUGUUAAGGGUUAUGAUGAAAAUCCAGAUGACUCAAGUGAACUAACAGAGAAACCAACAGAUUUAUCAUCAACAGCUUCCGAGCAAGAAUCUGAGAGUGAGAAUGAGAGUCAUCCUUCAGAGCCACACUCUUUUGUGAACCAUUACGCCAACGUGAAUGACACAUUGCGGCAGUCCUGGCGAAGGCAGAAGCCAGUCCGUAAUUACUCCAGCUACACAGACUCUGAAGCAGAGGGAAGUGCAGUAAUGAGCCUCAAUGGAGGACAGAUAAUCAUGAAUAACAUGGCUGGAUCCCGGGCACCUUUACCAGGAUUCUCAUCCUUUGUAUAGUCACACUAUUAAAAUAGAUACUUAAUGAGAAAAGACAUAUAGUAAGUUGAUUUUUAUGUGAUACUGGAUCUCAUGGAGAUCUGACUUAGUGAGACUUGACACAGGUGAAACAAAGAAAACAGAUUGGUUACUGCCAUACUUAAACACCUCAUGCCAUAUUGAACAAACUUGUGUCAAAUGGACACUUGUCCUCAUUGUCUGUGAUAUCUAUAGCAUUACUGUAUAUAUUUGUAGUAGUACUUUUUUAGAUAUCAUCUUCAUCUAGUACAUUUUAAAACUCACACAAAUCACUUUUCUUUUUGGUAAGACCUGGAAAAAAAAUUUAACUAAAUGGAAAUAAAAUUUUGCUAUCAUCAAUAUCAUUCAGAAUCAUUAUUUUUCAUGUAGAUAGUUUUAUCAUUCUUACUUUAGCUUCAUUUGAAAGUACAAGAUGUAAACAAUCAUAAAGUUUGUUUAGUUUUACAGUAUUUUCUACUUUUAUAUUUGCAUUUAACCAUUUUUAUUUAUUCCAUUAUUUUCACAUCUCUGUAUGGUAGUUUUAUACCAAAGUACUGAAGCUAUACUUACUACCUUGAAUGAAGUCUGCAGUAUUCUAAAGAAAUAUUCAUGUGCUGAAUUAUUGUGUUGAAGAAAAAUAGUAACAAUUUCAUUAUGUGAGGAAGAUUUGUGCAUCACAGCCAAUUUACAUAAUGUGUUUGCAAUGACUGUCUCCACUAUCUAGAAAAUGUUUUCUAUUCU